ACUAAGACAAUGUUUUUUACAAGGAAGAGGGUUAAUGAGGAAAUUAAACUGAAGCUAUAUGGCAUAGGAUUAGAAAGAGUGAGAAAAUUUAAGUUUCUGGGGUUGUGGUUUGAUGAGAGGUUAACUUGGGGUGCGCACGUUCAGGAAUUGGUUGAUAAGUGUAAAAAAGUUUUGAACAUUUUGAGGUGUUUGGUUGGGAAGGAUUGGGGAGCGGAUAAGGAGUCCCUGAGGGCUAUUGGAGAAAUGAUAGCGAUUCUAUUAGCAGUGCAGUGGGUGGAAGAUUCGAGGCCAUUGAAAACAAUUAUUUGUUCAGAUUCCAGUGCAGCCUUGGUUAGCCUACCUACAGAAUGGUCAUUCGAAAGCACCUCACAAGGAAGGCGCACACCCCCAUCAAGAGCUGCUCUAUGGCCACAGAAUCUGGUCAGGAGAAGAGAUUUUCCGGUGCCUACUCCCCUGGGUUCAGUCUGUGAAGCUGCAAAAAUGGCUGAGUGGAAGACUUGGAUGACUUUCAUCAAUUUGAAUCUCUCAGAAUCUCACCAGGUGAAGACUUGUUUUCAUAACUGAAGGAGGAAUUUUAGGAAAACCA